UGAAAAAUAGAGAGAGCUCGCAAUUGCAUCCUCCUUGUUAGAAAGAAUUGAAAACAGCGCUGGCCUUCGUGUUGCUCUGAUUUGAAUUUUGAAACAAUGGAAAAGAAAUCACCUGAACCACCCGAAGAAGCAUCACAGUCACGAGACUCAUCGCGAGAUAACCAGACCUGGAUAACUGCACAAAACAUUCUGAGAGAAAAACUGAUCACAGAGGACUGUUUCGCAUGGAAAUUACAAGCUGGUUCCAAAGAGGAAGAAGCAUUGAGAUACGUUGGUGGGGUUGACAUAAGCUUCUCAAAGGAUGACCCAUCAAGGGCAUGUGGCACCCUUGUAGUCUUGGACUUCCACACUCUUCAAGUUCUCUAUCAAGAUUUCUCUUUGGUCACUCUUCAAGUCCCUUAUGUGCCUGGCUUUCUAGCAUUUAGAGAGGCCCCAGUUCUUCUGCAGCUUCUAGAGAAAAUGAAAAGGAGCAAUAAUCCUUUCUACCCUCAGCUAUUAAUGGUUGAUGGAAACGGAAUACUUCAUCCCCGAGGUUUUGGGCUGGCCUGUCAUAUUGGAGUUGAGGCCAAUCUCCCAACAAUUGGGAUUGGAAAGAAUCUGUAUAAGUUACAGUUGCAUCAUGUGGAUGGUCUUACUCAUUCUAGAGUGAGAGAACUUCUUGGAGCUGAAGAAAACUGUUCUGAAGAUUUUAUUAAUUUGGUGGGUUGUUCUGGGCAUAUAUGGGGAGUGGCCAUGAGAUCUACCCAGGGUUCCAUAAAACCAAUAUUUAUAUCAAUUGGUCACAAGAUAUCACUUCAGACUGCCAUUAUGAUUGUUCAAAUGACAUGCAAGUACCGUGUGCCUGAGCCAAUUAGGCAGGCUGACAUAAGAUCUAGAGACUACAUUCGGAAACUUGAAGCAAAUGCCAAAGUAAAGUAAUUUCACUCAUAUGGUUUAAGUUUUUAUCCUGUUAAAUUAUGAAAUAGCUAGCCAUGUGAGAUGACAAUAACAAGUUUGGCUGCAAGGGGCUCAAAUGAACUUGAUAGAACCAUCACAAUUCGUCAAGUGGUUAGAAACAAUGCCAGUGCCAGUGGAUUUGCUUAUAGCUUCAUUGAAUGAUCCAUUUCACCUCACAGGAUUACAUAAGGACUCAGCAUUCCAUCCAUUAGCAUAAUUAUAUCUAAACCACUCAUGUAAAAGAGUGAUGAUAUAUGCACAACCAAAUCACUCUCAAAAUAGAACUAUUUGCGAGCUAGCAUUCUGUGUAGUGUAGAAGCAGAAUUUUUAUUUCUGGUUGCUUUGAUUGUCUGAUGAGAAGUGCUAGCAACAUUCUUUAAUACACUCCUUGUAGCACUCUACUAUUAGUUAAAGUUUAUUAAAAACUAUAAAAACAUGAGUAGAACUUAUUAAAUACCCAUAAAAUUGUGAUUUUUAUAAUUUUCAGGCAAUAGUAGAGAGUGGCAAAAAAAAAGUGUUAUAAUAAACUGUGUUGGUAGUAUUUCUCUUGUAUGAUUACCACCAACCCAUGAAAAAAAUAACAGUGACAUUUGUUGAAUGCU